GGAGAAGGACGUUUCUGUUUCCAGUCCCUCUGCACCAGCUGAGGUGGCCGGCAGGGCGAGGAUAAAAGGCCGCCGAGCACCACCUCAGUCCUGGAUGCGAUGGAGCUCCUCAUCUUGCUUCUGCUGAGCGUGGCAGUAGCUGCACGCCCCUACCAGGAGGACGAUGGCGACAGGAUAAUCAGCGGGUACGAGUGCCAGCCGCACUCCCAGCCCUGGCAGGUCUUCUUCACCCAUGGUGACAACUACCGCUGGUGCGGGGGGGCCCUCAUCAGCCCGGAGUGGGUCAUCUCCGCAGCCCACUGCUACAAGCCGACGCUGGUGGCCCAUCUUGGCGAGCAUGACACGACGGCCCAGGAGGGCUUUGAGCAGCACAUCCGGGCGGUCAAAGCCAUCCGCUUCCCCAAGUACAAUGCACGGACACUGGACAACGACCUCAUGAUGGUGAAGCUGGUCCAGCCGGCCCAGAUUGACCCGUAUGUGCAGCCCAUCCGCCUCUCCCGCAGCUGCCCUGUGUCAGGGACCGAUUGCCUGGUGUCCGGCUGGGGGAACCUCCUCACGGAUGGCGUGCAAUACCCAGGGCGUCUGCAGUGCCUGCAGGUGCCCAUCCUCUCCGAGUCCACCUGCCGCAGCUGCUACCCUGGUGCCAUCACGCGGAACAUGUUCUGCGCCGGCUACGUGCAGGGUGGGAAGGACUCCUGCCAGGGCGACUCUGGCGGGCCGCUGGUCUGCAAUGGGGAGCUGACUGGGGUGGUGUCCUGGGGUGAAGGGUGUGCCCAGAAGGACAAGCCAGGCGUCUACACCACGCUCUGCAACUACCUGCCCUGGAUCCAGGAGGUCAUGGCCAACAACUGAUGUGCUGGGCUCCUGGCUGUGCUGGAUCGCCCAUGCCUUCCCUGCCCGGACACGAGUGCUCUGCACGGAGGCAGGCGGCUGGACCAGAGCUGGGGCAGGGGCUUUGCAGCAAACACCAGCCGGAUGGUGACAUGAAACCCCAAACUCACAAUAAAGUUCAGU